AACAAUCACGGAAUGUCGGCUUACAUUUAUUUUCUUUAAAGCAGCAACAAUUAACGGAUAUAACUUACUAUUGUAAAAGUUAACGUUGUCAAACAUAACAAAAAAACAUUUUAUAUCAACAAGCUUAAAAUUUGAAAGGAUUAUAUUGCUUUCAUUGAGAUAUAUUGAUUUUCAUAAAUUCAAAAUGGAAGUAUCAGGUCGGAAGGAAUGCGACGAUAAACAUUCCAUAUCUAACAAAGGGAGACAACUUACAGUUCUUUGCCAGCCAUGUGAAUGUGACGGUGAUACAGUAGAAGCGGAGGCAUUCUGUGAAACUUGUAAUGAGUUUAUCUGUUCUCCCUGUUUGAAGGCUCAUCGUAAAUUAGCUAUAAGUAAAAAUCACGUAAUCAAGUCGAAGGAUGAAAUGCCAAUAUCAAGGAAAAAGCAAAAAGAUCCAUGUACGGAGUUGUGUUCAAGCCAUCAUACCGAAAUUAUAAAGUUUUAUUGUGAAGACCAUAAUUAUGUAGGAUGCGGAGAUUGUAUGGUACUUAGCCACAAAGCAUGUUCUGUUAAACUCGUCAAUGAGGUAUCCGACAGCUACGAUACCAGCGAGGAACUCGUACAAAUCAAGAAAAAGAUUGAAACCCUUAUGCGUAGAAUUUCAUUUUACCAUGAUGAUUUUGUAAAUGGCAUAAAGGCGGCUGAUGAAAUGAGAGAUAAGAUUAUAAAAGAUAUUCACAUUUUCCGACAAGAGAUUAACGAAUAUUUGGAUAAUGCUGAGGCAGAUCUGUUGAAACGAAUAGAUCAGCUGACAUCGAAACAAGUGUCUCAGCUUGGGCAUAUGCAAAAAGAAUUUGAGUCUAUGGAAACUGAAAUGAGAGAAUGUCAAGACAAAAUAAGUAACAAUUCAGAUAAGAUAAAUCAAUUGUUUGUAAUAGCAAAACUUGCUCAUGAAAAGAUUGAAGCCUGCCAGAUUUCAACAGAGGAGCUUGCAUCUAAAUGUGAGAUUGAAAUAUUUGACUUUGUAAAGUCUCACGAGUUAGAAAAACUUGUGACAGGCAAACUACACAUUGGUGCUAUCCAUGAGAAAAAAUCGAAAUCACAUAUACACAGCAAAAAGAGCCUAAAAAAUGUUCAAACAACGCUGGUAAAGAGUCUUAGUGUCAGGUCAGUUAAAGACACAAACGAAUGCUACAUAUCAGGAAUGGCAUUAAUUUCAUGUUGUGAACUCUUGCUUGUUGAUUUUAGAAAUUAUUGUCUUAAACUUUUAAACGUAGAAGAGAAUGAAAUAACACGUAGAUUUAAUACAGGUGAUCAACCAUGGGACGCUACUUCAAUCAAUUUGAAAUUAUUCGCAGUAACUCUAGUCACAACAGGUGAAAUACUCUUCAUCAAUACAUCAAAUGGAAUUUCUAAAAGUCACAGUAUUAAGGUCAGAAAGGACUGUAGAGGAAUCGACUACCGUAACGGAGUUCUUGUUGUAUCGUUCGAAAGGCCAGCAUGCGUUCAGCUACUUGACAUGGAAGGAAACAUAAUGAAAGAGUUUGAUAUCGCGAAACAUUGUACACAUCCUUAUUAUAUAGCUUCAUGUAACGGAGACAACAAAAGCUACAUUGUGUCUGAUUUCUAUAACAAUGCUCUUGUUGAGUUUACUGUUGAUAGGAAAGUAAAGGAUAAAAUAACGAGCAAUGAUAUGAAAUCACUACGACAACUUGUUAUGACACAUGAUGGGGCGGUUAUUGUUUGUUGUCAGAGCGUCAGUGAUAGACUAAUCAUGGUUACAUCAAAACCAAGAGAGGUACUUCCUUUUACUGUGAAAGGAGUCAAGAAACCAAUUUGCUUGGCGAUAUCUGAUGAUCAGAAGAGGAUGCUUAUUUAUGACAAGUCACAUAAUGAUAUCAAAGUAUUUGAUGUCAAUUGACAUGUAUUGUAGGCAUAACAUAGAUGUGUGUUUAUCACGUACAUGUACCUAUUAUCGGACACUGAUUGUAUAUGUAUAGGUCUUUUUUUUUUUUAACAAAGUGUUUGAUAUCAUUUGAAUUGAUAUGAACAACUAACAUAUGGUUUCAUCACAUAUUAUCGGACACUCUCACACUGUAUAUGUAAUGAUAUCUUAAAACUCAAAGAUUACAUUAUCUCUUACAUAAACAUUUCAUGAAAUAAGAAAUUUGUGAUAACCAUGUUUACAAUGAUGGUUCGAUCUUCAUCAUAUAUGUUCCAAACAGUUUUUAUCUAUAAAUUGUAUUUAUUCAGAGAUAGGUUGGUUGUUUAUCACUUACACAGUGAGCCAUGAUUAAUGUAACAUGUACAGAGUGAUUAUUGAUUACUAUUGUCAAUGAUAUGUAAAUAAUUUUCUUUAAUUAUUGUUGUUUUAGGUGGUACAGCCGAAAUUUUUCUUGUGAUUAUAUUGGAUCUUAUGUUAGGUCUUUAAAUUAUGACAAUACCAUGGGAGGAUAACAACAUUGACCACAAUUUUAACUUAAAAACAUUGUGAAUGUUUGACAUAUUUUUGGUUUGUCUCUCUCAAAUAGUACGAUAAGUAUCUAUAUUGGCAGAAGUUAAAGGCACAUUAUGCCUCAGAAUCUAAUAAACGUUUAUUUCAUUGAAGGGGUAAAUUAUAGAUAUAUAAAUGUUAUAAUUUUCAAAUAUUGGUUUUAGGUAGGACAUGUUACUUGCUUUGUAACCUGAUAAAAGUCGCACUAAAGUUAUUUGUCAUUAAAGUAGUACAAUGUAAACAAUGCAGUAUUGUGAUUUCUAUACAUAAUCACUAUAUUUUUACAAAUUGCCAAAAAGCUAUCAGU